AUGCAUGCCCUCCACGUUAAUCCUCCUGCCCAAGGCAUUAUUUCACCAGAGAACUCCGAGUCUCCCGCUCAGAUUGAACCCUCCACCCCAAUAAACUCAUCUACACGAGUCGACAGUGGACAGACAACCCCACAGGCCUCGCGACAGCCCAGCAUUCACGACGCGCAUACUUCUGGCAAUCAAACAGCGGGACCGCAGCGAUCGGCGUCAUCUCCGCUGCCGCAGUCACUGCCACCGUCCAGCUUGGCAGCGGAUAUCCACCAGGCAUUUCGGACACCGGCUGAGAGCAAUGCUAAUGGCGAAGAGAGUCCUGUCAUGAAUGAGACAUUGAGCGUGAUUGACGAACACAUCACUGACAUGAACACCCCUCGCCAUAGUCUAUCGACUCAAGAUGCGAAAACCAUGAAUGACUCGGGAAGUGAAUACAGCACUCACCUCAGUCACCGAAGCCACCGGAUAUCAUAUAUCAACGGGAAUGAAACCGAUGAAGAAGAGAGUACCCAUCCAGCAGAGGCCCAAGUGCGGCGAUGGAAUCAGACGGAGACAUCAAGACAUCUCCGCGCGCUUGGUGUUGAUGCCAAUCAUUGCGCCAUAUUCGAAGAGCAAGAAAUUACCGGCGAUGUCCUUCUUGAUAUGGAUCAAGACUUUAUUUUCAUGAAGGAAUUCGAUUUUGGAGUGAUGGGCAAGCGUCUCAAGACAUGGCAUAAAGUGAAAGCUUUCCAGGAGGAGGUCAAAGGCAUCAUGUUGCCACCGUCGCAGAAUGGAAGGACGUCUGUUGCUAGCAGUUACGCGCCCCAGGACGAACGCUCCAUGUCUCGCGCUGGUCAUGCCCCAGCGUUCUUGCCGCGCAUCCCAAGUGUCGCCGAACGAACCGGGUCCGCGUAUGCGCAUCGCGGUUCAACUGUGCCACCCGGUCAGCAUCCAAGACUUGCAAGCAACAACAGUUCUCCUGUCGCGCCUAUGACUCCUCAAUAUGGAGAUUCUAGGAGAGUGUCAGCUGCAUCAAUCCGCGAGCUCAACCAUACGCGGCGGCAUUCGUCGAUUGAUUCCACUCAUGGUGGACUCGGUAACCUUGCGACGAACGGUCUCCAAACUCGGUCAUCAUUUGAUAGAACCUGGACUCUUAAUGGCGGUCAUCAUCAAAGUCUGCCCCAACGGCCAGGAAGCUCAUUCGGUACUCAGGCCGAUGGAGGUCGGUUGUUCCGCCCCAAACCCGGAUGA